AUGAUGUUUUCUCUGGAGUCACAGAGCAAAUGGCUAAGACCAGGCAAUAGCCCUCCUUCCACGCUUUCUGCCCAGUGGAGCCGGCGUGGAGCUCAGCCCGGGUGUGAGGCACAGCCUUCAUGGACACCUCGGGCUCCUUCUGCAGUGUUGGGAUUAAUGGACAGAGCUGCAUUGAUGCUGAAACUUCACUGCCCCAGCAAGAGAGAGGAGGGCAAGGCUAAUAAUGUGGGGAUUUCCUGCAGCUUCACUCUCCUGGAAGAAUUUUCCCAUCCUCUAUUCCCUGUGCAUGUGUGCAAAGUCACUCAGUCAUGUCUGGCUCUCUGCGACCCUGUGGACUGUAGCCCACCAGGCUCCUCCAUCCAUGGGAUUCUCCAGGCAAGAAUACUGGAGUUACCAUGCCCUCCUCCAGGAAAGCUUCCCAACCCAGGGACCGAACCCACAUCUCUUACGUCUCCUACAUUGGCCAGUGGGUUCUUUACCAUUCGCGCCACCUGA